UGUCCGCCAUCCUUGGUUGCAGGCCACAGGUGCUUACCACCAUCUUAGCCGCCUUUACUCUCUGCAUACUUGGUCUUAGUCUUCCAUGGCACGCUCGAUCCACUAUCCAGGUCAGCCAGACCUGGCUUACUGGCACUAUCUCGUCCUACCGAGCUAUGCUCGCUAGUAUCCUUCCUUCCGACCAGCUCGCCCAUUCCCGAACUCUGUUCCCUCUCUCCUCACCAUCAGACACUGCGGAGAUAUACGCCAUCUCGCUCGCUCGGAGACAGGACAGAAGACACGUCCUCAACCAGAUCGCCAGCGCCCUCGAGCUCGACUUCACGUUUAUCGAUGCGACAGACGCCAGCCUGCCCAUCAUAGACACCCUACUCGAGCGCGUAACAUGGCAACGCUGGGCCAGGAUCGACGAAACCGACAUCAGCGCAGCGGAGUCCAUACCCGAAGACUUUGACGAGACGUCGAGCGACACGUACGUUGCGCACGCCUUCCCCUUCGCAUGGAGCGAAGAAGCGCUAUCCGUGAUCGCGCUCGACGCCAACAUCACUGGCCCACAGCCCGCUCUGUACGCCGGAGCCGAUUACUGGGACAUGUCUCCGCCAGAUGCGCAACAGUGGGCCCAGAACCAUCCCAUCAGCUCUCCACCCGCGAGCGGGCCGUCCUGGCGCACGAGCGUGCACUCCGCGAGCGCGCUCAACAACAUCAGGAAGGAGGAAGUGAUGCGCCGCGCCGCUGUCGCAUGCUGGCACUCGCAUUACCAAGCAAUAAGAGACAUCGUCGAGAAAGACCAUGCCUUCGGCCUCAUCCUCGAAGACGACAUCGACAUCGACUUCAACAUCGAACACACCCUCCUCCCCCAGCUCCCCCACCUCCCUCCCGACUGGGACAUCCUCUUCCUCGGCCACUGCCACUCCUCCGAGCACCACAACCCGCCUCUGCCCCGCGCCCCGCGCUUCCGGCAGACCUACCACGCGCUGUGCCUGCACGGCUACGCGCUCUCGCGCAAGGGCGCGCGCCGGCUCCUGACGCUGCUGCGCAGCGCGGACUACGCGUACUCGCGGCCAGUCGACCACGCCGUGAAGGACCUCGUGCAGAUGCACAUGAUGCAGAGCUAUAGCGCGUAUCCGCCGCUUGUUGUGCAGCGCAAGGAGGACAGGAGCGAUAUUGUUGGCGCGGUUCCGGAGGAUUUUGCGCGCGAGUGGAAGGCUGUUGAGGGUGAUUUGGCGGAUUCGACGGUUGAGAGGAUUAGGGCGUAUGAGGAGAUGGAGGGUGUGGAGUGAUGUGAUGUGAUGUGAUGUGGUGGUUGGGUGUGUGGAGUACUUGGAUGAUUUCUGUUUCAUGUUUUGAUGAUCUUACGAGGACUUUAGGAGUAUACUGUAGCUGCUUCAUUGUGCGACACUCUCUUGACGAUGUGGACCCCGCGGUCAGAAGUUGUUGAUCAGGGGCUUGUGAUCGGCUCUAAUGUAGUGAUACUGCGGUUUGCCUAAGAACAGCUUGGAGUAGGCUUGCUCGGCACUAGCCUUGUGGAGUUUGGACCAGACGUCAGUGCAUUCUUUCCAUUUUCGACACACGACGAGGUUGGCACAUAGGCGAAUUUUAAGUGACGAC